UCCUCCGCCUGUGUGUGGCUUCAGAUUUUUUCUUCUUCGAAAUAAAAGAAAAAUAUAAAUAAAUAAAGUACUUGAAAGAAAAGAAAGAAAUUUUUUUUUUUUUUUUUUUUUUCUGAAUUGGUCGGAAUUUCAGUUCGGAUCGGAAGUUGGGAACCAGAGCUCCGAUUCUAUGAUUUGAGAGACCCGAUCGGGUUGAAUUCGGGCAUGGAGCGGAUCGUCGGCGGCAAGUACAAGCUCGGCCGCAAGAUCGGUAGCGGAUCGUUCGGUGAAAUCUUUCUAGCUACUCACGUGGACACGUUCGAGAUCGUCGCUGUUAAGAUCGAGAACAGUAAGACGAAGCAUCCACAGUUGCUGUAUGAGGCCAAGCUGUACCAUACGCUGCAAGGAGGAAGUGGUAUUCCGAGCAUAAAAUGGUCGGGGAUAGACGGCGAGGACAAUGUGCUGGUUCUUGAUCUGCUGGGACCAAGUCUUGAGGAUUUGUUUGUGUAUUGCGGGAGAAAGUUUUCGCUCAAGAGUGUCUUGCUGUUAGCUGAUCAAAUGAUUACGAGGAUAGAAUAUGUGCACUCGAAAGGUUUUCUGCAUAGAGAUAUAAAACCUGAUAACUUCCUUAUGGGUCUUGGUCGAAAAGCAAAUCAGGUUUACAUAAUUGAUUUUGGCCUUGCAAAAAGAUAUCGGGACUCCACCACCAAUCGCCACAUUCCUUAUAGGGAGAAUAAAAACUUGACAGGAACUGCUCGUUAUGCUAGCUGCAACACUCAUCUUGGAAUUGAGCAAAGCCGGAGGGAUGAUUUGGAGUCUCUUGGAUAUGUUCUUCUAUAUUUUCUGAGAGGAAGCCUUCCAUGGCAGGGUUUAAAAGCUGCCACAAAAAAGCAAAAAUAUGACAAAAUUUGUGAGAAGAAGUUAUCAACCCCUAUUGAGGUUCUGUGCAAAUCUCACCCAGUGGAGUUCGCAUCAUACUUCCAUUACUGCCACUCACUGACAUUUGAUCAGCGACCUGAUUAUGGAUUCUUGAAACGUCUAUUCCGAGACUUGUUUACUCGUGAAGGUUAUGAAUUUGAUUACGUAUUUGAUUGGACCAUCAUAAAGUACCAACAAUCGCAAAAGAAUAGACCUCAGUCUCAGUUACCCCCGGGUCCUGGAGGAAGCAACAGUCGUGCAAUGCCAAUGAAUGUAGAUAAUCAUCAAGGAGGUGCUAGUGCUACUUAUCCAUCUGAGGUGACGGAUCGAAUUAAAUCAAGCAAUGCCACUGGUCCAGGGGUCCGGAUGCAAUUUAAACCACCAACAAGCAGGAACUUAAAUUACAAUAAUCCUCUUGAAAAGAAUAUUGCACCUGAAGCAUACACACCUCCGUCUACGUCAUUUUCUGGCACCUCAAGAAGGAAUCACUCCAAACCUCUUUUGCCUGCUGAAACUGCAAACACUAGUCACGGACAUGGCAAUAAAGUAGGUCCUUCAGGUAGCUGGAUUCAAUCACUGCAGCGCAUGUCCUCGGCCAAGUGAUUUACAAGCUGCAGGUGUAUGGUGAUUUAGGAAGAUUGUGGUGAUGCAGCUGUGGAGACAUUGAAUCAGUUCCUUGGUUGGUGGAAGCUCUCAUUAUUUUCCGUAAGGUGACUAAAAAUGUGUUGGCUGUUACAAAAUACAGAAUUUCCAAAGCUUGGAUUCUGUGGUGUACAUAGAUCCCAUAAGUGACAAAGCAAUCUUGUAUUUAAGUUUUUCUUGUAACAUGAAUGAUGUGUGAUACUAUUUUUUCCCCAUUCUUGUUAUUAGGUAAUAAGUUGUCUCCAUGCCAUUUGAUGGCUGUUGACUGUUUCUUUGUUUGCUUAUGCCUAAAAAUCACCGUUGUAGAUUGUAAUCGUAAAUAUACCUCAUGAAUGAAGUAUCAGGCCUGAUUGGCUUCCUUAAA